AUGUAGCGAUAAUGUAGCAUUAGUUAGUUGUGCGUUAGUUGUGUCAAUGGUUUUAGCUAGAAAACCCUAGGUUGCGAAUUUUCACCAAAGCUGAAAUGUUGAAAACGCUAUGCACAGCAUGACUCAUUUGCUUAUUGAACGCGGCACCGAAUGAAGAACACUCUCCCCCAGUAAGCAGCUUCACACAGAGAAGAGCUUCACGCGCAGCGACUUCGCAGGCGGAUCAGCGCGAGCUUGACUCUGCGAUUACAAACUGCACCUGCAGCAGAGAUCCAUGCACUGAUAUUGAUUUGUGGAGCUGCUGUUGUUUUUGAGUCUUCGGUUCCAGAAGCGAAAGCCAGCGGAGAGGGGAGGGGGGGAGCAGAAGUUUCUCAGCCGGACUGAGCUCGCGUUGUUGGGAGAGGAAGGGGGGCCGAGGAUCGGCAGGAAUGUCCCAGAAGCAGAGACCCGCUUUCUACCGACAGGAGCUUAACAAAACCAUAUGGGAGGUACCUGAGAGGUACCAGAACCUCGCUCCGGUCGGUUCGGGCGCUUACGGAUCUGUGUGCUCAUCGUAUGACGUAAAGACGGGCCUGAAGGUCGCUGUGAAGAAGCUGUCGCGACCUUUCCAGUCCAUCAUCCACGCCAAGCGCACUUACCGAGAACUGCGGCUGCUCAAGCACAUGAAGCACGAGAAUGUGAUUGGCCUGUUGGAUGUGUUCACUCCUGCCACCACCCUCGAGGAAUUUACAGACGUGUACCUGGUGACUCACCUAAUGGGUGCCGACCUCAACAACAUCGUCAAAUGCCAGAAGCUAACAGAUGACCACGUCCAGUUCCUCAUCUAUCAGAUUUUGCGUGGACUAAAGUACAUUCAUUCAGCAGACAUCAUCCACAGAGACCUGAAGCCCAGUAACCUGGCUGUAAAUGAAGACUGUGAGCUUAAGAUCCUGGACUUUGGCCUGGCGAGACAUACGGACGACGAGAUGACGGGCUACGUGGCCACGCGAUGGUAUCGUGCGCCUGAGAUCAUGCUCAACUGGAUGCACUACAACAUGACAGUGGACAUCUGGUCUGUGGGCUGCAUCAUGGCUGAGCUUCUCACUGGACGGACUCUGUUUCCUGGCACUGAUCAUAUUGAUCAGUUGAAGCUUAUCAUGCUGCUCGUCGGAACUCCAGGGCCCGAGCUCUUGAUGAAAAUAUCUUCGGAGUCUGCCAGAAACUACAUAAAUAGUUUGGCGCACAUGCCAAAGAGGAAUUUUGCAGAUGUAUUCAUUGGUGCCAACCCAUUAGCCGUGGACCUGCUGGAGAAGAUGCUGGUUUUGGACACGGAUACACGGAUCACGGCCUCAGAGGCACUGGCCCACCCGUACUUCGCGCAGUACCACGACCCCGACGACGAGCCCGAGGCUGAGCCGUACGACCAGAGCUUCGAGAGCCGAGAGCUGGACAUCGAGGAGUGGAAAAGGCUGACGUAUGAGGAAGUCCUGAGCUUUGAGCCCCCCAUGUUUGAUGGAGAUGAGAUGGAGUCAUGAGUCUGUCCUUACUUACCUCCUGGAGUGACAGAAGCUGCCUCAUAACUAUAUUUCAACAGGAACACACACAAACACACAGCGUGACAUUAAAGUAACAGUCUGACCAAAAACUGUUAAUGCUCAUCAUGAAUGGGAGCUGAGGCCUUGAAUUAGCAUCAUGCAAAUAGGACUGUGCUGAUUGGGGGCCACUGGGUUCCCUUAGUGGUUUAGGGGCAUUAGCAGAGUUUGGUUACAUUGCUCCUUUAAGGUGCCUGUGCCUUCAUUCAGUACUGGCUUCGCUAUUAUCAGAGACUAUUUACAGGUGGAGGAAAACGCAAAAACACGUACACACCCCUCUCCGCUAUGGACACUGAGAAUGUAGAGUAUUACUGAGUAAUAUUUUUUUUUUCUCUGUUGCUGUUGUUGGUUGUCUCUUUCUGUCCAUUUUCACUUUUUAAAUGUCAUUUUUAAAAUGCUAGUAGAAUUUUCAUGAGAAAGAAUAUUAUUUAAUUUUGAGGGGGAGGGUGUUUGGGGGAAAUAAAAUAGCAAUCAUAUCUGUUUACUACUAUCAAACUUUUUGGCCUGUAGUUUAUUUGCAAAAAGUACGGUCCCUGCUUUGAGCCGCUACAGUAAUAAUGGCCAUGAGGCCUUCUUAAACGCAACCCGUUAGUGUUUUUAGAGCUGUAAAUAAAACAUUACGCUUGUAAAUAAACGAGAUUGUGCAGCAGGAGAGUUAGUUUUAAGGAGCUCCAUCGGCUGAAGGAGAAGGAAUCACGAAUUGAAUCAGACAGUGAAUGUAAAAUAGAUCAUAUGUUAAUGCAGGAUAAGUUCAUGUCUGUGUAUCAGCGCUCUCCCUUUAUCUCUUAACCCCAAAGUUUAUCCGGCAUAGGAAUCCCUGCGGACUCCAGGUGAUUGAUGUUUUUGCUCCUUACCAGCUCCAGGCACAACCAUUCCAUGUGUUUAGUGCCCUUGAUUGAUUGAUUGAUUGAUUCAGGCACAUUUUGAGCUGGAUGGGAACAAAAAUGUGGAGCGUCUAGGGGUUUUUGGGAAACACCAUGCAACUGCCAUACGUUUUGUUCUUCCAAAUUGUAGCAAAUAUAUCUUAAGUAGUGCCAGAUAAGCAAAAGAAUGUCUGACUUCCUUGGCUUGUUCGUGGGAUUUUGCUAUUUAUAAAUAUGAAAAUUCACCAGAAAUUUGAAACGCGUCAUGUAUUUGUUUUUCUUGCGCCAUCUUUAGAUGAAAUGUACACCUGAGCGCCUGUCUUAUAUACAUCCUGGCCCUUUGGCCUCUUUUUUUUUUGUGCUCUAUCUUAUUAUUUAUAGUUUUUUUUUUCUCUCAAAAUGUUGCAUUUAAACAUAACACUGCUCAGUCAGUCAAAUGGAUGAAUCACACUGUGUCGAGUGUUAAGGGAGUCAUAGCGGAUUGCUCCAGUAUGAUCGUGUCUCCAGGUGUCCGGUAAUGUUAUAAUCCUCCAUCAGGGUGCCUUUUUCUCACAAACCUGAUGAUUCUCCUUUGCCGGUGUUUUUUUGAACAGGUCUUGAGGUGCUGCUCGAGACCGUGUCAAUCUGAGCCAAAAUCUGAGUGUGAUCCCAUUUUAGCACAGAAGACCAACUCCGAGAAUGUGGGUACAUCCCAAACCCUGUACUACUCCACUAAAUAGGAUAAGACACACAUACCUGCAUACAUGCAAGUGGCAUACUAUUUUGAUAUUCCAGUUAACGGGGUUUGGGACGCAGACUUUUCUUUCUUUCUUUCUUUCUUUCUUUCUUUUUUUUUUUUUUGAACACAGUAAACCGUGCCAGCAUCUAACUUAUUAUAUUAGUAAUAUUUGUUAAGAUUAUUUUGAGUGUGUUUUCCAUGGUGUAUAUUAUUAAUUACAUUCUGCAAUAUUCUGUUUUGAGCAUGAUUUCGCAAUGCGUGAGGAAAUGUAAGGCUGUUUUUGUAUUUGUAUGUUUACAAUAGUUCAUUAAAAAUCACAGAAAUGGACAGUCAUACACCAAGUUAUCCAUAAAUGUAGUUGUUUUCAUGUGGUCUGUUUGUAAUACAAAAGGAAAGACACUUGGGUCCUUUUGUACCACUUGGCUAAUUCAUCAGUGCAAGCAGCUCACAACCUGUAAACCACUGGUAGUCACAAUAAAGGCAAUUAUUACUAUUUUUCAA